AGAUAAAAACACAWUUUUUCCAUUUAUUAAAAAUUGURAAGUAAGAUGAGUUGCUUAWUUAUUUUUUUGAUGGAAAAUCAAAACAAACAUUAACUAAAUCUGGUAAUCUGCAAAAUUACAUUUAAUUGACCAUGAGUUGUGAUAUUUGGUGUGUUAUCAUUAAAAUUCUCCUUGAUAAUUGUAUAAAUAACGCGUUUCAAAAAUUGUUUGUCAGUAAAAUGGUUGAAGCUGAGAUAAAAUCGUGGCUGACUCCAGCCUUGCGAAAGGAAAAUGUGUCCGAUUUUUCCGUGAAAAUCCUGGGAAAUUCGGAAAAGGGUGACGGUUAUUUGGGCGACAUAAUUUUCCUUGAAAUCGCCGGGGAAAAACACUACAAUCUCGUCGCCAAGUGCAGCAAACGCUCCAAAACCCUUCGUGAAAAAUCCCCGGUGAAAAAUGCCUUUUUGAAUGAAAUUUUCAUGUAUGAAAAAGUCCACCCGACUUUUCUCCAAUUCCAAAACGACCACAACUGUGAAAAACCCUUCGUUUCGUACCCGAAAUGUUACGGUUCGUUUAUCAGUGAUGACAUGGAAGUGAUAAUUUUGGAGAAUUUGAAGAAAAGUGGCUUUGAAUUGUGGCCGAAAAAGGAGCCUUUGUCGGAUUUAGAAAAUUUGGACGAUGUUUUGAACACUUAUUUUGACUCUUUUACCAGACAUUUGAAAAGUUUAGGGAUUAGUGAACCGGAAUUGUUGUACCCAAAAAGUGAAUUUCUCAAAGAUUGGAAGAAAUUUUGCAAAUUUGGAAUUCUGAUGAGCACACUUUUGAUGAAAAUUGUUUCGACUGACAAAGACGAAGUUAUCGAUAUUGCAGAAGCUGCUGAAAAAGGAAAAGGCUUCACAGAUUCUUUCAGAAAUGAAAUCAGAGACAAGGAUAAUUUUAAAAGGCGAAUGAAGGCGAUUAUAGAGCAUGUUGUUAAAAAUGAUUUGAUUUAAUU